AUAUUCAUGUAUCAAUAUCAGUCAUUUCCAUGGCCAGAAAGGGGGAAGCGGGGGUAUGCGAGCUGUGCUCACUUUUACACGUGUCUCUUACCGCAUUCAACCAAAAGUGCACCUGCAGUACAGUGCAGGGGCGUUAUGUUCCACUGAGUUCUCAACUAUUCAUAGGCAAGCGGGUCGGUUGUACCUCCACAUCCGGGAUCUACUCAACCCAAGGUUGAAUUGACAUUUUGCCUCGUUCAGAAUGAUUUCGCUGAGGACUUUGAGGAUUAUUCUACCAUUAUUCGCCGCCUAACCCACAUCUUUGACAUGCGGCAACCAAACAAACAAACAAAAUACAUAAAAGCUCCAUUGUUGUCUCCUCGUUACAUGUUGCGUCACACUCUAUGACCGGAAACUACACAUUUAAUAUAGGUCAGCCCCAUCAGAGUUGUGAUUCUGAAUUGGAUUUAGGUGAAACGUUGGAGCUAUAAACACCAAAACAGACUGCUAUGUUUCCACGUGGAGCCACGAAAAUUGUUAAAAGUGGCCUUCUGGCGCUCAUAGGCAUAUUAGCAGUUGCUCUUCUGGUGGCCUUCAAAUACCAAGACGUAAUACCACAAGUCGGAGUCUACAACGACGGAGCAAGAAUCCUAUCAGACAACAACGCUGAACAUAUCAACAAACCUCACACUACAAUCUGGACUCAAACUGUGACACCGUCAGGUAGUAGUGUUACAACCGACCAUGACAGAAAACAAUCGGACAAUGUGCAGAGUAUAUCCCCUAAACCGAAACCACAAUUAAAAGUUCAAACUUGGAAUCAUCCUAACGAUAACCCAGCAUUUUUCAAACGUCGGGAACACAAAGUUACUCCAUUGGAUUUUAAGUUUACAAUAGCUAGUGACGUGUGUGCUGAUGGUCAGACGGAUUUAAUUAUCCUUGUCCUGUCAAUGAUCCCACACAGAGAUUUUAGGAACUCGAUACGCGAGACUUGGGGCAGCUUCACACGCAAUAACACAUGGGCUGGGACAUCCUUAUCACUUGUUGUCAGACUUGUGUUUAUUUUCGGUGAAACUGGAAAUGUUUCAGAAAAUAAAGACUUACUGAAGGAAGCUUCAGAGAAUCAUGACAUUGUCCAGGCAAAUUUUAAAGAAAGUUAUUUCAAUCUUACCUAUAAAGUUCUUUCUGGAUUUAAGUGGGUAAAAAAUCAUUGUCCCGGAACCAAAUUCAUUAUGAAAAACGACGAGGAUUCGUUUGUCCACAUCCCAUGGUUGGUAGAACGUUUACAGUCAACGGACUGGAACAGUAGGAUCAUCGGACCAUAUUUUACCAAUGAAAUCCAUCAAACAUCGGGGAAAUACGGGGUGAGUCAACAAGCCUACCCCUUCCGUGUUUAUCCACCUCAUGUGAAAGGCAAUAUCUAUAUUCUGCCAACCAAUACGGCCAUGCAGAUUCUGGAAGCUGCAGAAUAUAUGCCCUAUGUGAACAUGGAGGAUGCCCAUAUCACAGGGAUCCUUGCAAAGGUUGUUGGGGCAAAUCAUAAAGCCAUACCCAGUAAUGAAUACAAUCCCUAUGGAAGGCCGGGAGUCUGUGAUUUUGCAAAGAGGAAGAAAUUCGCUGGAAGAGAUGUAUCAGCAAAGUAUGCAAGAGACAUAUGGGUUAAAUUAGAAAAUCCUAAAUUAUGCGGCUAGAAAAUGCACACGGUGAAGGUGUUAGUGUACCUUUGAACACCAGUGGCACCAGGAGAUGUAGAAUGUUGCUACUUUUUACCCACAAUGCGAUCGACUGCAAAAAAUCCUUGUCAGCAGAGGUUACUAGCGGGACCGGGUGAAUGGGUUCGCUGACUUGGUUGAUGCAAAUUCCUGUUGUAAAGAUUGAAGCUCAUGAAGUUAUUCCCUGGAUUUUCUAGUCCAGAUUCGAUGCUUCACCCAUGAUGUAACUGAGUGCGGCGUUAAACAACAAAUAAACAAACCUGUAUAAGGAAUGUUGUCUCCAUACACAAACAUAUGCUUAUGAAUUGAUGAAUGGUUCGCCAUUAUGUGUCUUCGAAAAAUACAUAUUUUGGUUUGGGUAAUAUUUAUGUUAUUAUUUGUAACGAAAUAUUUAUAUUAUCUAUAUAUUUUUUCUAAAAAGAUAGUUGUUUGUAAAUAAUUAUCUAUGACCGAUAGUCACGCACGGUGUUAUGUCAACUAUUUCGUUGUUGUUGUUCUUCAGGGGUUCCGGGAUUCCGGGGUUCCAUGGGUUCACCUCUGUUAUACAUUGUUGUAACAAGGAUGUGUGCAGGUGUUCAGAUGGUAUUACCAUAACCUCUUGUCUUUGUGUUGAACAACGUUCGCUAUUUUAAGUGAAUGUAAUGCUAUCAUCAUUCUGUUAAGUGUAAUCAUUCUGUGUAUGUAAUACUCGUUGUAUGUUGGAUGAUCAGUAUAGAAAUGUGUUGAUAUUUGUAUAGUGUCCUGUACCCUGUUA